AUGGUGCAAGUCUACAAUGGCCUGCUCAUCCCCUCGGUAAACGAACCUUUGCCGGGGCGCUGGGAUGCCAGGCUCAAGUUCGAGGGCUAUGAUGUCGAGCACUGGGUGUUCGGGUCACAGCAUUUGGGGGAGCAUAAGCAGCAGUUCGCUAUAGGUUCGGAAAGGGGCGACGAAAGCCUGCCAGAAAGUCCUAUGUUCGAGCUUGAUAUUACGGGCGAGGUUGUACCUAUGGGAAAAAACCUUAGCCACGACCUGAGAGAUUUUCUUCAUUAUUCUUUUUUUAAUUUCUACUUGGGCUAUGUUCAUUGUAGUGUUUUCACUCCUAUUGAGAUUUUCGUUAAAUCUAUAAGCGAUAUAACUUGGGUAUUAGGGACUGUCAAUGCCCUGCUAAGCACCAAGUUUGCGCCGUGA